CAUCUCUGCUUUACAUGCCUGUCAACUGAACCCGGAUUUUGUUAACGCAAAGUAACUCAUUUACCACGGUAAAAUGAGUGAGGUGAGCGUGUGCCAGGCACGUGCCACUGUAAUGAUGUAUGAUGACGCUGGAAAACGCUGGGUCCCCGCUGGUGCUGGAGAUCUGGCCGUCAGCCGGGUGCACAUCUACCAAAAUCCCAGUAACCAUGCCUACAGAGUGGUGGGACGAAAAUUGCAGGCCGACCAGCAGGUUGUCAUUAACUGCCCCCUUGUGAAAGGAAUAAAAUACAAUCAGGCCACUCCAAACUUCCAUCAGUGGCGUGAUGCUCGGCAUGUGUGGGGCCUAAACUUCAACAGUAAGGAGGAAGCAAUGCAGUUCGCUUCCACAAUGAUGCAGGCACUAGAGGUGAUCAACGGUUCAGGAGCGCCCCCGCGUCCUGUGCAGAAUGGACCGAGCUAUGAAGAGCAGCAGAGGCUUCAGGAGCAACAAGAACGAGAGAGGCAGGAGCUAGAACGCCAAAGACAGGCUGCUGCUGCACCAGCCGCACCUCCAGCUCCUCCUCCAGCUCCAGCCUCGGCUCCUCCUCCAUCUGGAGCUCCAGCUCCACCUGGUCCUCCGCCACCUCCCGGGCCUCCUCCUGCUCCCCCACCACCACCUUCUGGUGGCGCUCCACCUGCUCCACCGCCACCACCCUCGGGAGGAGGAGGAGGAGGAGGGGGAGGAGGGGGAGGAGAUGGUGGACUGGCUUCAGCUCUCGCCGGGGCUAAACUUCGCAAAGUGUCCAAGGAUGAGAGCGGAUCUGCUGCUGUAGCACCAAAAGAGAGCAGCCAGAGCUCAGGAGGAGGAGGCGGGGGUGGAGGAGGUGGAGGAGGAGGGGGUUUGAUGGGUGAGAUGAGUGCAAUUCUUGCAAGAAGACGCAAAGCAUCAGAUAGCCCAGUGGUGAAAAAAGACGAUAAUAAUGAUGACUCAGCGUCUUCAGAUAACAAAUCAGGAGAUAGAACACCAGAAGCAAUCAAAAAGCCCUGGGAGAAGUGUAGCACCCUUCCACGGUCAAAUUCUGGUCCCAAGAUUCAAGAGAAGACUCCAGCACCAGCCUCGAAUACACUGACCAGGCAAAGACCAGGCAGCAAUGUGAGCGACUCAUCGGCCGCCAAAGAGAGCUUCGAUAUGGAGAAAUUAAAGCAGGAAAUUCUGGAGGAGAUGCGUAAGGAGCUGCAGAACGUCAAGGAAGAAAUUAUUGGAGCCCUGAUCGAAGAGCUGCAGAAGAGAGGCGCCCCCUAAGCUCCACUGUCAAACAGUUCACAAAUGUGCUUUGCAAUGCAAUAAAACGACCUGAGUACUGUCAGUAUAGGUGGUUAUACAAAUUAGGAUUGAACAGAGCUUGCUUUGUGAUGUCUCAGCUCAAACAGUGUUGCACACACAAAUGCAAUAGUGUGUUUAUCUUAUUUUUUGCUCCCCAGCUUUGCUUCAAGAAUGUUAAAUUCGGUUGCAAGAAAAAGUUUGUAAACCCACUGAAUUUCUGAGUGGUCUGCAUGUUUACUUAUUAAAGUAAUAGACACAUUCUGCUUAAUCUUAAAACACACAUAAUUGUGACUGCCAUGUCUUAAAAUGCUGUUUAAAAUGCUAAUUAUCCAUAUUCUGGGUUGGAUGCACAAUUAGAUGCACAUCAGUGUUUUUGAAAAGCAGUGUAUGACACAUAGACAGAGUGUUUGUAUGUUGGAUUUUUUACACCUUUAUGCAUUACGGUUUGAUUUGUGCUGGUCAUUUCAAGGGGUUCACUUGCAACUGUAGAUUCAUUGUAUUGAUGCAAUUUUAAUCACAUUACAUUAAUUUAACUAAAUGCAUUUAUAUAUUAGUAGUUACAUUGACAACUUUUAUCCUGUUAGUAUUAUGUGUUUAUAAUGAAGGACAUUGCUUGGUGAACAGCCUGCUGUAUAGGUGUCAACAUGUUGAGUUUUUCCUCAGGGAUCAGCAGAUGCUAAUAUAUGCAACAUGUGCACAUUUCAUUUUUACAUUUUUUAUUUUUUUUGCUUAAACCACUGCUGUUUUUUGUCUUUGCCUAUUGUAUUUUCAUUUAAAUGCUGUCUAUGUAGAAAAUGACCUGUGUUUUGCCGAAAAGCAUAGAAAAUAGGUUGUAAAAUGUUGAAUAUUGGGAAAAUAAUUGUUCAGUGGUACUGUUUAUGGCCAGAGAUUUUAUUUGCCCCAGAGUUUUAUGAAAAUACCAUUUAUUAUUUAUGGGGUUUUGAAAUACAA